AUGGUCGAGGAGUCCAAGGACGAGGAGCUGCCCCUCCUGGAGGCUCCGGCCCCGCGCUUCGGCGACGACGCAUGCACCGAGGACGAGGCCCUCGACACGAGCGUGCCCGUCGCGUUCCUCACGUCGACGCGGGCGAACCCCGACCUCGGCUACCGCGUGCCGACGUCCGCGUCGGCGCUGCUCGCCACCCGGAGCCAGGACCGCGCGGCGCUGCUCCGGCAGGAGACGCUCGCCCGAAGAGCCUUUAGCAUGGCCGAGGUCGACGUGCGGGAGCACGCGCGCGCGCGGCGGCGCGUGGACCGCGAGCGGCGGAAGCGCGACGCCCUCGCCCUCGACGUCGAGCGGCGGCGGUACCGCGAGCGGCACUUCCUCGAAGUCGACGGAGGGGCGGCCCCGGUCGCGCCCGGCCCGAGGGAGCGGCCGCACCUCGACCGCGCGGCGCAGCGGUCGCGGCUGCGGCGGCGGGAGCCCGGGGCGCCGUUCGUCGACGCCGCGCCGCGGUCCAAGGCCCCCGACGCGAAGCCGUACCGACCGCUUCCCGCGAAGGACGCCGUCUUCGUUGGUAAUUCCAUCGCCGCGGACAUUUGCAGGCAACGCACGCGGGCCGAGCGGGCGUUCAAGCGGGAGCGCCUCGACGCGCAGAAGGCCCAAUCUAAGAGGGACGAGCGCCGCCGCCGCGCGACGCUGGAACGGGAGACGCGCGAGUUGCGGGAGAGGAUCCGCGCCGACGAGGAAGCGCGGAAGAAGAUCGCGCUGCGCCAGCGCUUCGUCGCGGACAAGUACAAGACGGCCGCGUCCGUCGAGAGCAAGGCCCAGCUGCUCAAGUGCCUCGCGCUCCAGUACCUCCGGGACGCCGCCGAAGGCACGCAGGGCCCGGAGCCGACCAUCGCCUGGCGCGAGACCCGGAACGAGACCGGGACGGUCUACGCGCGCGAGUCGGUCUGCGUCGGCGCGCCGCCCAAGGAGCCGCCGACGCUCCGCCGGGACACGCUGACGCUGCCGGACCCGCCCGGCUACCGGCGGCGGCGGCGGCCGCCGCCGGCCGCCGCCGAGGCGCCGCGCGAGCCCGGCGCCGGCGCUGGCGCCGCCGCGCCGGCCGCCGGCGACGCGCUCCGGGUACGCCUGCCGCCGACGGACCCGGCGCCGCCGCCGGGGGACGUACGCCGGCCCGCGGCGCGGCGGCCGGCGCUCGCGCUCGCGGCGUCGUCGCGGGCGCUGGAGAACCAAUCGAUUCUCGAGGGCGCGAGCGUCCUCGACACCGACGCCGGCCCGGGCCCCCCGGACCUCGGGCCGCUCGCGGAGUAA